AUGAGGAAUGUCCAGCUUCUGCAACUGACACAAGUUUUCCUCUUCAUUCACUCCGGCUUCGCUCAAGCAGACUUCGGGCCUUUCUUCUACGACAAUGGACCGUACAGCAAGAAUGGGAACAUGGCUCUUUUCAGCCUCUCUGAAGACACGCCCAUUGGCUCACAGAUCUACUGCCUCAACGGCACUGACCCCGAAGGCAGCACGGUGACCUACGGCCUUUCCUUUGAACCGGGAUCCAAAAAGUACUUUAGCGUCAACCCAAACACAGGAAUCAUCACACUCAUCGAGGCGCUGGACAGAGAGAAACAAGACUCCAUUGAUGUCCUGGUCAGCAUCAGCGAUGGACAAAGCCAGGUUGAGGAGCGAGUCACAGUGUUUGUUAUGGACACCAACGAUGAGAAGCCAGAGUUUCUAAAUCUGCCGGGAAUGACCAGUGUGUUGGAGACAACUGAAUCUGAAAGCAGCAUCUAUCGUGUGGAGGCCGUAGAUCGAGACACGGGCUCAGGUGGCUCUGUAACCUACUUUUUACAGAACCCGUUGGCCAGUUUGUUCACUAUCGACCGAUACAGCGGAAUCCUGAAAAUCAAGUCUGGAGAGACCCUGGACUACGAGAAAACCAAGACACAUUUUGUCACUGUGAUUGCCAAGGACGGGGGUGGAAACUACAAUGGAAAGGAGCAGUUUCUUUCCUCCUCUGCCACCCUCACCAUCCAUAUUGUUGACGCACAAGACACACCUCCCGUUUUUAUGGGCACGCCAUACUUUGGAUACGUCUACGAGGUCACAUCACCGGGAUCGGAAAUAUUUAAUGUGCAAGCCAAAGACGGUGAUGUUGGAAGUCCAAACUCAGUGGUGUACUCUUUUGAAGAAGGAGACGACGGUGUAUUCAGCAUCAACAAAUUCAGUGGACACAUCACUCUUUUGACCAGCCCAGCAGAUCUGAGAAGGGAAAUCUUCAACAUCCGAGUCAGGGCCACAGAGGUGAAUGAAGGCGGAGAUCUGCUGGAGCACUCCAGUACAACAGUCGUGAUCCGAGUGGUGGACUUGAACAACAACCCUCCCACGUUCUACGGAGAGAGCGGCCGACAGAACAUGUUUGAGCUGACCAUGUACGAGCACCCGGCAGAAGGGGAGAUCCUGAGGGGGCUGCGGAUCACCGUGAACGACUCCGACCAGGGGGCCAACGCUAAAUUCAACCUACGUCUGAUUGGACCGAGUCGGAUGCUCAAAGUGGUGCCGCAGACAGUGCUGAACGAGGCCCAGGUCACGAUCCUGGUGGAGGACUCUGCCGCCAUCGACUAUGAGAGGCAUCACUUUCUCACGUUCAAGUUGCUGGCGUUGGAGGUGGACACUCCGGAGCGCUUCAGUGCCACUGCGGACAUCGUCAUCCAUCUUCUGGACACCAACGACAACGCGCCCAAGUUCUCUGCGGAAUACUACAUUGCCCGCAUCCCAGAGAACUCGCCUGGAGGCACCAACGUGGUCACAGUGACGGCCACAGACCCAGACUCUGGACCAUGGGGUGAUGUCACGUACUCUCUGUAUGGAUCAGGAGCCGAUCUGUUUCUGAUCCAGCCCACGUCCGGCAUCAUCUACACCCAGGCCUGGGCCAGCCUGGACGCAGAGGUGCGCUCCAAGUAUAACUUCUAUGUGAAGGCUGAGGACGCAGAGGGCAAGUACAGCGUGACCGAGGUCUUUGUGACCGUGUUGGACCUGAACGACCACCCGCCGGCCUUCAACCAGAACCUCAUGGAAAAGACCAUGGUGAUUGGGGCCCCCGUCAAGAUAGAGGCUGUUGACGACGACGCCGAAAUCCCCAACAACGUGAUCGAGUACACCAUCAUGAAGACGGAGCCCAAUGCUAACAUCUUUGACAUCGACGCAGACACUGGAGAGAUCAACCUCAAGUCCUACAUCAAGUCUAUGGCCAUCAUCCAGAACAUCACCAACAAACGGGACUCCAGCUGGUCCCUGGUGGUGCAGGCGCGGGACAGAGGACAGCCCUCUUUCAGUACUACUGCAGUGGUCAAGAUCGACAUCACCGAGGCUACCAGACUGAGUGGCGGGCCCUUGUCCACCAUGAUAAUGCAGAGUAGGACCAAUCCAUUGCACAUACUGGGCAUGUUGGGAGGCGCCAUCUGCCUCUUGGUCUUAGUCACUGUCAUCAUCUCCACCGUCAUGUUCAUGCGCAACAAGAAGACCAACCGCAUCCUCCCCAACCGCCGCGUCCGCAGGAGGAAGCCGCAGCAGCAGAACUCGUGGAUAAACAGUCCGUUCAGGAGACAAGACCCCGACAAGUUCAAAGUGGAAGAGCCGGAGAGCGCGCCGGCCGUGGAGAAUGUGAACUACAACAACAACGUGGUGAGGAUCUGGCCGCCUCCACCGUGUGCGCCCAGUCUACCUCCGCCCCCGCCCCCGAGCUUACCGCGGGACAGGCAGUGGACCGUACCCACCGUGUCGGCCCACGUGCCUGUGCCGAAGCCCCGCAAGAGGCCGCCCAGCAACCAGCAGGACCCCGUCAACAGAGCGCUGGUGUCGGAGCUCAAGCUGAGGCUGGAGCAGAAACGGAUCAAUAAUCAAUAG